UCAUGAUAGUGGCUCUAAACGUCAGGACGCAGCGGCGGCUCGUCCUCCUUGUCAGAGAGGCUGGGAGAGAGAAGAGGAGGGACAGCAUGCCACAUCGCUCGGCUGCGUUUCUCCCACCGACGCUGAGCGACGGCUUGUGCGAUUAAGCGCAAAUCUGCCCUCAACCCGUCUCCAGGCUGCGGCGGCAGCUCGGCGAGGCUCGGCGCUGCGAUGAACUGACGGGAGGAGAGAAGCAGCAAAGCAAGGGAGUGAUAGAGAAACACCGCCUUCUUCUCUUCUCUAAUUUAUUUAUUUAUCUUUAAAAAAAAAAAAAAAAAAAAAAAAGCGAGCUCGUAUUUACUGGACGCACCUUGGGUUCGUAUCUUGAGAGCGGGAGAGGUGGGGAGGGGGGUGUGGGGAAAUCGAGCGACCGCCGAAAAGGAAAGACGGUGACUGCGAGGAAAUGCUUCGGGACAAGCGGCCAUAAGCAGAGAGGAAGGGAGAGGGAGAGUUACCUGCACGAUGAAGGAGACACGUCGGGGUUAAACGGAGCUGGCGACUUCCCACGUUGCGGGGGAAGAGAUGUUUUGCAACUGUCGUCCGCUGUUUGGAGGGGAUAUGCCUCCCCUGGCGUCAGCAUUCGCUUGUAUGUCGUAGUGUUUGGGGGAGCUGAGCACGUAAAGCUGUCCCCGUUGAAGCCCAUAAACAUAAUAAUAACAAUAAUAAGCGUCGUACUCCGGCUUGAGCAACCAUUUCUUUCUUUUUCCUUUUUAUAUUUUUUAAUUUUUUUUUGCCCUCGGUCUUGAACUUCCAUGACUCCGAGCGCAGCCUCCUGAGCUGUCCGCGGUGCUGAAUGAACCAGCCGGCGCCGAAGCCUCCGCCACGCCGGGACAACCGCCGGGCUUGACUGGGUCGGCCUGACCAGUGUUCCCGCCCUCACCCCCCUUUCAGUUGUUUUUUUUUUUUUUUUUCAUGGCUGUGGCACGCAAAAUCAAAACUUUGCUGACCGUCAACAUCCUGGUGUUCGUGGGGAUCAUCCUGUUCUCGGUGUACUGCAGGAUCCAGGACCGAUCCGAGGAGCUCAUCCAGCUGGGGCGCCUCUCCGACCAGAGGCUUAGAGCCAGGAAUGGCAAAGUUUCCAACUUGGUGGACAGGCAGUCAAUUCUUCAGCGACUGGAGAGGCUGGAGGAUGUGGUGUACAACCAGCUAAACGGUCUGGCGAAGCCAAUGGGGCUGGUGGAGGGACCCGGAGGCCUCGGCCAGGGGGGGGCCGCUGCCACUCUGGGAGAGGACAGCCACGACGCAGAGGGGAAGUAUGAGGAGUACGGCUACAACGCUCAGCUCAGCGACCGCAUCUCCCUUGACAGGAGCAUCCCUGACUACAGACCUAAGAAGUGUAAGCAGCUGACAUACCCGGAGGACCUUCCUCAGAUCUCCGUUGUGUUCAUCUUCGUGAACGAGGCGCUGUCGGUGAUCCUCCGCUCCGUCCACAGCGUGGUCAACCACACGCCGGCACACCUGCUGAAGGAGAUCAUUUUGGUAGACGACAACAGUGACAGCGUGGAGCUGAAAUUCAACUUGGACCAGUACGUGAACAAACGCUACCCGGGCCUGGUGAAGAUUGUGAGGAAUAACAAGCGGGAGGGCUUGAUCCGAGCCAGGAUCCACGGCUGGAACGCCGCCACGUCGCCUGUCGUCGGCUUCUUUGACGCUCACGUCGAGUUCAACACUGGCUGGGCUGAACCCAUUCUGACCCGGAUGAAGGAGGAUCACACGCGCAUUAUUCUCCCCGCCAUCGACAACAUCAAGUACAACACCUUCGAGGUGCAGCAGUAUGCCAACGCCGCCCACGGCUACAACUGGGGUUUAUGGUGCAUGUACAUCAUCCCGCCGCAAGAGUGGCUGGACAAGGGCGAUGAGACGGCCCCCAUCAGGACUCCGGCUAUGAUUGGCUGCUCCUUUGUGGUCGACCGGGAAUACUUUGGUGAGAUCGGUCUGCUGGAUCCUGGCAUGGAAGUGUACGGAGGAGAGAACAUCGAGCUGGGCAUGCGGGUGUGGCAGUGCGGGGGGAGCAUGGAGGUCCUGCCGUGCGCCAGGGUCGCCCACAUCGAGCGCACCAAGAAGCCCUACAACAACGACAUCGACUACUACGCCAAACGCAACGCCCUGAGAGCGGCGGAGGUGUGGAUGGAUGAAUACAAAUCCCACGUCUACAUGGCCUGGAACAUUCCCAUGAACAACCCGGGAGUUGAUUUUGGCGAUGUCUCAGAGCGCGUGGCCUUAAGGAAAAGGAUGCAAUGUCGAAGCUUUCGCUGGUACCUGGAGCACGUCUACCCGGAGAUGCGGAUCUACAACAACACCAUCACAUAUGGCGAGGUGAGAAACAGUAAAGCCAGCGGCUACUGCCUGGACCAGGGCUCCGAGGACGACGACAAAGCCAUCCUGUACCCGUGCCACGGCAUGUCCUCCCAGCUCGCCCGCUACUCCACCGAGGGUCUUCUCCAGCUUGGACCCUUGGGGUCGACCACAUUUCUUCCUGACACAAAAUGUCUCAUUGAUGACGGCAGAGGACGCACCCCGGGUCUGAAAAAAUGCGAUGCCGUCUCCAGGAUUUCCCAACGGCUUUGGGAUUUUACACAGAACGGCCCGAUCAUCAACAGAGACACGGGUCGGUGCUUGGAGGUCGAGAUGUCCAAAGAUGCCAACUUUGGUCUCCGCCUGGUGGUGCAGAGAUGUUCCGGUCAGAAGUGGAUGAUACGGAACUGGAUCAGGCACCCCAGGCACUGAGGAGGCCGUCAUUUCCCAGACGUUUUGGCCAACAUUUCCAAUAGCAGCAGCAGACUGCUGAGAGAGGAGCAGAAACCGGUUUAUUGCCGCGAGGUAUGGGAUUUCACGCUUACAAACUUGCAAAGCACGCCGACCUCCAACUCGGGCAACAGAGGUUCCGCUGCGACGAGCCUUAAAGAAGAAUACGAUCAAUGUAUUUGUUCCCCUGAGCUUCUUCUUCACGCCACAACCUUCAGCAGAACUGCACUCUUUGAAAUGGCCGACCUCUCUGACAUUCAGCCAUAUGUAUAGAGCACAUCCCCUUUGUGCAGUCCGGUUCAAUAUUCUGCGGCAGUGACUCUACUGUAAAACUCUCGCUUCUUAGGAAGAAAAAGAAGAAGAAAAGACAUGUAGGGCUUUUUGGGGCGUAUUGACUUUCACAAGGUAGACUGGGGUAAAUUAGGAGAGAUAAUUGUUAUCAAUGGCCAGAUGAAACUGAGUCUUUCGGGAGUAAUUUGAGGAAGUAGCUGUGGACAUAACGUGCCGCCCUGGCAGGACAUGUAAUGAGCUCCAGAGCUGCUGGCUGUCAUCCAAACAGGAGUGACUUCACCUUUACUCACACUUCUUUGUUUCUGUGGACUGUAUGGCUCACUGUGGACAAAAAAAAAAGAAAAGAAAAGCAAUCAUGUGCCUUUUGUUUAUGAUUUUUCAGCUUCAUCUGACCUGAGAUUGUCAGCCCCAAAAGCAUGUAUAAAGCUAUUUGAAAGUUAAAUUAUAAAAAGUGUAUAAAGCCGUUUAAUAAUAGUAAUAUAUUGUUAAAAAAAGAAAACGAAAGUGGAAAACUGAUAAAUGUCCUCAAAACAAUUACUAUUAGAAUAUUAAAAACCCUUUCUAUUA